AAAAAGAUGGCAAAGCCUUUCAUCCGACGUAUGAAGAAAAACUCAAACUUGUGGCGCUGCACAAGCAGGUUCUGCUGGGACCCUACAACCCUGACACUUGCCCUGAAGUUGGAUUCUUUGAUGUCCUGGGGAAUGAUAGAAGGAAGGAAUGGGCUGCCCUUGGAAACAUGUCGAAGCAAAAAGCUAUGACAGAAUUUGUUAAGCUCCUGAAUAGGUGCUGCCACUUGUUUUCAACAUAUGUCACUUCCCACAAGAUAGAGAAAGAAGAACAAGAAAAGAAAAGAAGAGAAGAGGAAGAACGAAGGCGGCGUGAAGAGGAGGAACGUGAGCGUUUGCAAAAAGAAGAAGAAAAACGUAGGCGAGAAGAGGAGGAAAGACUGAGAAGGGAAGAAGAAGAGAGGAGGAGAAUAGAGGAGGAACGGCUACGCAUGGAACAACAGAAGCAACAGAUAAUGGCAGCACUGAACUCCCAGACUGCCAUUCAGUUCCAGCAGUAUGCAGCCCAGCAGUAUCCGGGCAACUACGAACAGCAGCAGAUCCUAAUUCGGCAGCUCCAGGAACAGCAUUAUCAACAAUACAUGCAGCAGUUGUAUCAAGUCCAGCUUGCACAACAACAGGCAGCCUUACAAAAACAGCAGGAGGCGGUUGUGGCAGUGACGGGGACACCUCUGACUACUGCAUCCAAGGUGAAUGCAUCUGCCCCAGGGGACACCCCAUCUGUUAAUGGGCAGGCCAGUGCACAUGCAGACAGCCCUGAAAAAGAGCUGGAUCCAGAGGCUUUGGAAGAAGCACUGGAGAAUGGACCAAAAGAUUCUGUUCCAGUGAUAGCUGCCCCAUCAAUGUGGACACGACCCCAGAUAAAAGACUUCAAGGAAAAAAUCCGGCAGGAUGCAGACUCUGUGAUCACAGUGGGCCGAGGAGAAGUGGUUACAGUUAGAGUACCAACUCAUGAAGAAGGGUCUUACCUCUUUUGGGAGUUUGCUACAGACAAUUAUGACAUUGGUUUUGGGGUGUAUUUUGAAUGGACAGACUCCCCUAAUACUGCAGUCAGUGUGCAUGUCAGCGAAUCCAGUGAUGAUGAGGAUGAAGAAGAAGAAAAUACUAGCAGUGAAGAAAAAGCCAAAAAGAAUGCCAACAAGCCUCAGCUAGAUGAAAUAGUGCCUGUGUACAGACGAGACUGUCACGAAGAAGUGUAUGCUGGCAGCCACCAGUACCCAGGGAGAGGAGUUUAUCUUCUUAAAUUUGACAACUCCUACUCUCUAUGGAGGUCAAAAACAGUUUACUACAGAGUUUAUUAUACUAGAUAAAGGUGUGGCUGUGUCUGAGGUUGGGCUGUGCAGAAGAUGUCAUUUUAUUUGGAAUUUUCUUCAAGCAUAAUGGAUCCUUUUGAGUCUGUGUUUUAUCCUGUCUGUAUCUGUAUGAUUUGUGUGAACUUUAACAAGUAGACACUGGGAUCUUCCUGCUCCGUGACACUAAUGCAUAUUGCAUUGGGCUUAACACAGGAUCUCCCUAGCCCUUUUGGGUAUUGGAGUUAACCAAUCGAAGUCAUUGGCUCCAGUGCUAAGGUCACAUCGGUUGCAUUUGUUAAAGCCUCAUGAAAAGGGGAGGGAGUUGCUGGCUCACUAGCUGGGUGAUCUGAUGUUUCCAGGUCUGGAUGCUUUGAAUAACUUGUUAACGGUUAAUUUAAAGGUCCCAUCAAUAACUUGUAGGUUUGGAUGCAGUUUGCUGUGUAGCAAGUUUCUCUAACUGUAAUUGAAUGUCAAGAUUUUUACACCAUUAAAACUUGAAACUUUAAGUUGAUGC